CGCCUUGCCGCCGGCGGAGAAGAGCGGAAACCGCUGUCCGGAGCCAGCCUCCCGCGCCCGUGAGCCGCGGUGCAGCAGAGGCGCGCGCCGGGACGAGCCCGCCGACGACAGCCGCUCUCCAUGCCUGUGUGGUGCUGCCGCUGCUCCCUGGCCGGUCAUUUCAGUGACACUGAAACUGAAGGAGAGAUUUUUAAUUCUUUAGUACAAUAUUUUGGUGAUAAUUUGGGGCCAAAAGUUAAAGGGAUGCCAUUAGUUGAAGAAACUUCUUUACUUGAAGAUUCAUCAGUAACUUUGCCUGUGGUAAUAAUUGGAAAUGGACCUUCAGGAAUAUGCCUUUCGUAUAUGCUGUCAGGCUACAGGCCGUAUUUAUCAGCUGAAGCAAUCCAUCCAAAUACAAUCCUACAUAGUAAACUAGAAGACGCAAGACAUCUCUCCAUUGUCGAUCAGGACUUAGAAUACCUGUCUGAGGGACUUGAGGGUCGAUCAUCCAAUCCGGUAGCAGUACUUUUUGAUACACUUCUUCAUCCAGAUGCUGACUUUGGGUAUGAUUACCCUUCCAUUCUGCACUGGAAAUUGGAACAACAUCAUUAUAUCCCUCAUUUAGUUCUUGGUAAAGGCCCGCCUGGUGGGGCAUGGCAUAAUAUGGAAGGCUCUAUGUUGACAAUCAGCUUUGGAAAUUGGAUGGAGUUACCUGGACUUAAAUUUAAAGAUUGGAUGUCUAGCAAACGAAGGAACUUAAAGGGGGACCGUGUUAUGCCAGAGGAAAUAGCUCGCUACUACAAGCACUAUGUAAAGGUCAUGGGUCUUCAGAAGAAUUUCCGAGAGAAUACUUACAUAACCUCUGUGUCAAGACUCUACAGAGACCAAGGUGAUAACAGUAGUCAAGACAGAGAUAUUUCAGCACAGUGUUUACAGAACCAGAAGUCAAAAUUUAUCAAGAGAAACUGGGAAAUCAGAGGCUAUCAGCGACUUGCAGGUGGUUCUCACGUUCCCUUUUGCCUCUUCGCUGAGAAUGUAGCUCUUGCAACAGGGACACUGGAUUCUCCUGCCCAUCUGGAAGUUGAAGGGGAAGAGUUUCCUUUUGUGUUUCAUUCAAUGCCUGAAUUUGGAGCUGCUAUAAACAAAGGGAAGCUGUGUGGCAGAGUGGAUCCGGUGCUGAUCGUAGGUUCCGGUCUUACUGCAGCUGAUGCUGUGCUCUGUGCUUACAACAAUAAUAUCCCUGUGGUCCACGUGUUUCGCAGACGAGUGACUGAUCCAAGCUUAAUUUUCAAACAGCUUCCCAAGAAGCUGUAUCCUGAGUACCACAAAGUCUAUCACAUGAUGUGUACUCAGUCAUACUCUGCAGACUCAGAUCCUGUGUCUGAUUAUACCAGUUUUCCUGAGCACCGUGUGCUUGCCUUUAAGUCAGACAUGAAAUGCAUUCUUCAAAGUGUCUCUGGAUUGAAGAAAAUAUUUAAGCUGUCUGCAGCUGUAAUCUUGAUAGGGUCACAUCCUAACCUAUCUUUUCUGAAGGAACACGGGUGUUACCUAGGCCGUAACUCAAACCAGCCAAUAACAUGCAAGGGUAACCCUGUGGAGGUUGAUGCAUACACCUAUGAAUGUGUUAAAGAAGCCAACCUUUUUGCUUUGGGUCCUUUGGUUGGAGACAAUUUUGUUCGAUUUUUAAAGGGGGGGGCAUUGGGCGUUACACGCUGUUUGGCUACAAGACAGAAGAAAAGGCAGCAUUUGUUUGUUCAAAGAGGAGGAGGAGAUGGGAUAGCUUAAAGUUUACGAGUCAUUUAAAUGGACCCUUAUCCAUUAAAUAAUUUUAACAGUGGUUUGCAGUGUACUGGCUUGAAUUAACUGGGAGAGCAUCCAGCUGUCACUCUUCUAAAGUUAACAAAGCUUGGUAUCCAGAGUUGUAUUCAAGUAUAUCAAAGA